AUGGCCACCCCUCCACCCAACACCCCCUCCCCCAUGAUCCACAUAACAACCGUCCACGCCGAAGGCGAAAUCGGCGACGUAAUAACCUCCGGCAUCCCCGACCCAGUCCACCUCCCCACCAUGUACGCCAAACUACAAUACUUCCUCCACAACGCGGACCACUACCGGCAACGCCUCAUGCAAGAACCACUCGGCCGCGUCUCGCAAUGCAUGAACCUGCUGCUCGCCCCCUGCGACCCCUCCGCCGACGCCGGUUUCCUCAUCCUGGAGAGCGACGAGUAUGCGCCUAUGAGCGGGAAGUGGGAUGCUGGAGAUGAGAGAACCGGUUAG